ACCUUCACAAACAUUUCAGAAUUAUCGGAGCUACAGACGAUAAUUAGCAGAAUGUCGUUGGAGGUUUGCUGUGUGACAGUCCUCCCCGAGUUUGGGGUGCGCUGGCGGGAGGUGUCACGUCAUAUCCGUAACUCCCGUCUCCCUAUGACGAGUGUCAGUGUCGCUAGGGUGCUAUGCAGACAUGCUGCUAAGUCUUUACCGGAGGAGGAAAUUGAAGACAUAGCGUCCAGGUUACGGUUAAAACUGGCAGCGAACCAGUGCCGCACUUGGCACGUAAUCGAGCUCAUGGAGAAGGAAACGGAAGAGGCGAUCUCCAAACAGAUACACAUGCUGCCCAGUCGGGUGACGCAGGCACUGAGCAAGUGCAGGAGUAAGAACAUGAGGCCUGAGGUGCAGACAGUUCUACUGGGUGAUCUGAUGUACAUAAGCGUACAGCUACUGUCUGAGAGCAAGCAGGGUAGCGUUCUGUUCGUAGCUACUCCCCCUACAGAGCCGGUCGCGCUGGUUAGCUCGCUCAGCAUGACCACUCUACUAAAGGCAGUUGUUGAAGGACUCGGCUACAACAAAUAUGAAGAUGCAAAUCUUUACGGGAAGGAUAUACGAUCUUUGCUUCAAAUAUACGACCGCAAAUUUACAGAAAAUGCUGACCAUCUCACAGAAAUACCAGAAUACGCGCCCGUACCAGUCACGACGCGUUCCGGCAUAGACUACACAUACAAAGCAUAUGAUGCAGACUAUGUCCAAAAUAUACUAGGCCCCAACCCACCCCUGUUGACGAAUUUAAAUAUUACAACAACUAAAAAGUUCUACAAUCCGUCCGUACUGAAUAAACAGAUUAAUCUACGGGUAACACUGAAGAGUGACAAUGUAGCUACGACGUUCAAAUCCUGGGUUGCCAAAAGCGCUCUAGCACCUACAUCGGAUUUCUUCAAAAUAUUCCAUCAAAUUAAAUCAAAUAAAGUUACUUAUUGUAAGGAAGAUAGUGAUUGAUAUGUAUAAUUUAUAUAUGAAGAUGAAAUCGUCU